AGUUUAUUGAUUUUUGUUCGAAGGAUUUAAGAUAAGAAGAACAAAAAUCUCGAAGGAAAAAAGAUGGGACCUCAAAAAUGCAAAGUAUGUGAUGAAGCACAGUCAAAAUACAAGUGUCCCAAUUGCUUCAUACCCUAUUGUUCUUUAGUCUGUUUCAAGAAGCAUAAAGAAAUUCCAUGUGGGAAACCGGAACCGGAACCUGAAGAAAAGCUUGCUUCUGCUCUAGCACCUCAUGUGGAGAAGCCAAUCUAUGUUGAUGAGCCAAGCGAGGCGCUGAAUCAGUCGCAACUAGAGUCUAUAGCUUCCUCCGCUGAAAUUCUCGAAGCUAUAAGGAACAAAGAGCUUCAAAAACUCAUAUAUGACCUGGAUUCUUCUUUGGAUGCAGAGACUGAACUUGACAAGGCAAUGGAAAAGGAAGAAUUUCGCAUAAUCAGUGAAAAGAUUUUGUCCAUAAUUAGUCAAUGAAGACUUCAACAAAAUGCAUGAUUUCUCUACAAUGAGUAGUGUUGUAACAAAAGGAAGAUCUUUUUCGUCGUUCAGAAGCUAUCGCUACGUUGUUGGGGGUAUCUACUGCGAAGAUUUUGCUAGAAUCUUACAUUUUACUUGAAGACUUCUGCUUCUGUUUUUUUUUUUUUUUUUUUUUUUUGUAUUUGUAUCAUAAAUAUAGCAGACUUUUUGUUAAAAAAAAAUUGACCCGUCCAUCUGGAAAAAAGCUCUCA